AUGCAGAAAAACAUUCAACUUGCAGGAAUAGUACUCUGGCAUAUUUGGAAGACAAGGUGCCAGCUAGUAUUUGAUAAUAUUCGCAUUCCUGUUGUAACUCUGUCCCUGCAGGAGAAGAAAUUUAUCUCUGACUGGGACAACAGUCUAUCCUCAAUGUCUAUUAAUGGGCGGAAUGUACAGGGCAGGACAGACAGGAACGUUAGCUGGACUGUUCCUAUGUACCCUUUUAUGAAAAUUAAUUUUGAUGCAAGCUUCAAAAAGGAUUGUAAUAAAUGUGGUCUUGGUCUAAUAAUGAGGUCUUUUGCAGGUGAAUGUGGAGGUGCAGCAAGCAUUCCCUUAACAGCUUUUGAUGAAGAGCAGGCUGAAGCUCUAGGUGCUUUGCAGGAAGUCAUAUGGGCAAAAGGAAAUAAUAUUGAUCACCUACAUCUGGAGGGUGACAACUCAAAUGUGAUAGCAGCGUUGAAUGGUGCUUCUACGGCUGUGAAGUGGACUACGAGCUCAGUUAUUGAGGAUAUUUUAGUUCUUCUUUCUUCUUUUAACUCUUGGAAAUGUAGCUAUGUUCCAAGGGAAGCAAAUAAAACGGCUCAUCUAUUAGCCAAGGAAGCUUACAAUGCUUCAAAUAAUUUAGUAUUAUCAGCUGAUUCUGAUUUUCCUAUGUGGUUAAAAUCCUCUCUAGAGGAAGACAGUGUUUCCUAA